AUGUAUAAUACUAGUAGCCGAGGGGAUUACGAUGGGAAGUUUUUGAAAUCACUUUCGCUUGAAGAUUCCGGUGAUGACUCCAUAUAUCAUACCGUCAAUAGUCAUAGUAAUCAUUCAAGAUAUGAAGAUGAUACUGAGUACAUGGACAUUGAUCAUACUUAUGAUACAUUAAUGCAUAAUAUAUCUAAUCGAAGUGUACAUUAUGAUUCUAGUCGAGAAACUCCAGAAAUAGAAAUGAAGGAUGAGGAUUAUGAAGAAGAUGAUGAUCUUAUUGAUCUCACUCUCGAUCUCCAACUGUCUAGAAGUACUCCUGUUACUAAAUUGUCGGUAUCACAUUCUACACCGGUACAAGAGAAUGAAUUAACGCAUAUAAAAGAAAAUCAUAAAGUUAAUGUUUAUAAUGAUAAUAUUAAUGAUGAUGAAGAAGUUGAUGAUGAAACUCAGACCAGCUUUGUUUCUCAUAUAUUCUCACCCACUACACUUGGGGCUCAAUUAGCCAUUAGAAAACCACAAUUAUUACUAUUGCCAGGACCAGCAACUUCAGAUAAUACUAAUGAAGACAUUCUGGAAUCUGUAGAAGAGUAUGAUCUUAGUGAUUAUAAUAAUUCCCAUGAUGAUAACAAGGAAAUCAUCUUGCGUCAACGACACUUCAGCUCCUUUUCCAAUUCUAAUUCUAAUAUUUUCUUAACUGGCAACAAAAGAGCUGUUGAAGUUGAAGAGCCAAUUGAAGCUACUGAAGGAUUUAUUCGGAAUGAUGUACAAUAUCCUACAUUCAAUAGUGGUAUGUCGAUGGGUCCCAGUCACAGUAGUUCUAACAAUAUUUCUGCAUCACCAUUUAUGCAGGGUACUCAUCAACAUAUCCACAAUCAUCACCAACCAGUACAAAUCCUACAUCAACAUCAGCACCAUCAUCAUUAUUAUUAUAAUAAAGAAGAUAAUUCUACUAAAAAUUCAGAUUCAUCAGUAAUUGUGGGGACUGAUAUCAAUAAAGAUAAACAACAAUUAAUUCAUGCCUAUCCAACACAUGCUAAUCAAAUUAAAUUACCUUUACCAUGGAAAUCCAAUAUAUCACCUAUUGAAAGAAUCCCAUAUUUAUUAUCUUCGUAUUUACAAUUACUAAUAAAUUGUGCAAUAUCGGCUUAUUCAAUAUAUCUAGUAAUUAAAGUAAUUUCCGUGGUGAAACAUGACAUAAAUAUUAAAUUAAAUGAAUUUACGGCCAACGUAAUGGUGGAGAUUGAAAGUUGUAGGCGGUCAUAUUUUGAUAAUAAUUGCACGCCUGAUUUAAUAGUGCCUGCAUUAGAGGCUCAAUGUUCGUAUUGGUCAAAGUGUAUGAAUCAAGUAACUACGAAUGGUGGUGGUAAUAUAUCUAUAAUUAGUGCAGAGACAGUUGGGAUAAUUCUUAAUUCAUUUGUGGAACCUCUCGGAUUAAAAUUCUUUUUAAUAAUGGGGUUACUGGUCAUAGUUUUAUUCUUAUUAAAUUUUAUGUUCGGUUAUAUUCGUGCAAAGACGUAUUAUGGAUGGCAAGAUUAUCCUAAUUAUAAUUAUGGAAUAUCUAAGAAUAAUCAUAUGACUGAUACUAAUAAUAAUAAUAAUAAUAAUAAUAAUAAUUCAACUAUGCAACAGAAAUCAUUUAAACUUUUAUGGCCCAGCCGUGAAGAGGGGAUGCAACAGCAGAAGCUAGACCCUAUGGCUCAUGCAGAACAACGUAUUGUACUGACGUGGUAA